AUGAAAAUCAGCUUCGUUCUCGCUCUGGUCGCGCUUGGUGCUUCUGUAGCCCACGCAGCGCUGCCGCCUAGACCCAGGCCUGUUACAGAGGCUCUGCCAAAGCCCGAAACUGUUCCGGAUGAAGAGAACACCGAGGGCUCUCCAUGGUUCGUCGACUGGGCCAAAGACACUAUCAACAAGAGAGCUGCAAAAGGACCGUCGCAUAAUGAAAAGCACGGUAAGAAUGGUGGUUAUGGUGGCAAACGCGAUGCGAGUGCCGGUACGGGCCGCGGUAAGGGUGGCAAUGGUUUGGGGAAAGGCGGUAUUAAGAAGAAAGAGAAACGCGAUGCGAGUGGCCAUGGGAAGAAUGGCAAUCAUAAUGGUGGGAGCGUUACGCUCACUUUGUAA